AAUCAUUCAAGAGCAAGGCAGCACAAGCCGCCCGCCGUCGGUACACACCGGCCACCGUCGCGUAGCUUCACGUGCAUCGUUUGGCUGGCGUGGCGUUGCUGUCGCGCUCCAAAGCAACCACCGCACCCUCCAGAUCGCAUCAAUACAAAACCGCGCGGGGCACACUAGCUUGCUGCCUGCCGCAUGCACUGCCUGCCACCACAGAAUAAUGGAGCGGCAGACUCGAUUCGUCCUGCUCGUCUUCGCCAUCGGGGCUCUCCUCGCCAGCUCCGCCGCCGCGGACUUGUCGGCGGCUGCUGGUUCCCUGCACGCGCUGCCGCUGCGGCGCGUGGAGGACGACGACGCAAGCAGCUUCGUGGAGGAGGCGGCGUACCCGCCGAGGAGGGCGCUGUACGGGGGCGGGUCCAUCAGCUACGGGGCGCUCACCGCGAACAAGGCCGUCUGCUACGGCUCGUGCGCCGCUCGUGGGCAGGCGUAUACCCGCGGCUGCCUGGCCAUCUACGGGUGCCGAGGUGGCCGUUAAUUAACCAGAAGCAGCGCGUAGCUAGCAGUCGAUGUCUGUUAAUUACAUGUCUGUUUCUUGUGCUGCUUCUCGUUUUUCUUCUAAUCCCCUUCUCUUGCUUCAAACAAGCCAAGAUCCGAUCCAUAUAUACAUGUUGUCGCUCCCAGGUUCUGCAUUGUAAUUUUCCACCAUAAUAAAUAUUGUAUUUUC